AGGCUGUUGCUGAGCUCCCAGGAGAGAGAUGAGCUAGAGGAGAAAGAAGCAGCAAGAAGCAGCCAAGAGUUGAAUCAGACCAGGAGCCCGACCCAGAGUUGGAGUCUAAGUUGCUUUUGCUAAAGCAGCAGCAACUAAAGAAUUUGAAAAUAUGCUGGCUAUCUUGGGACUGCUCACCUCCGUCUUUUCUUUGCUGUAUGUGACAGCUCCAUCCAUCAGGAAGUUCUUUGCUGGUGGGGUUUGCAGAACAACUGUGCAGGUUCCCGGGAAGGUAGUGGUGAUCACCGGCGCCAACACGGGCAUCGGCAAGGAGACAGCAAGAGAGCUCGCUCGCAGAGGAGCCCGAGUAUACAUUGCCUGCCGAGAUGUACUGAAGGGGGAGUCUGCUGCCAGUGAAAUUCGAGCUGAUACAAAGAACUCCCAGGUGCUGGUGCGGAAACUGGACCUAUCCGAUACCAGAUCCAUCCGAGCCUUUGCUGAGGGCUUUCUGGCAGAGGAAAAGCAGCUCCAUAUUCUGAUCAACAAUGCAGGAGUGAUGAUGUUUUCACAUUCCAAGACAACUGAUGGCUUUGAAAUCAACCUGGGGGUCAACCACCUGGGCCACUUCCUUCUCACCUACUUGCUCCUGGAGCGGCUGAAGGAGUCUGCUCCUGCACGGGUGGUGAACUUGUCAUCAGUGACCCACCACCUUGGCAAGAUUCACUUCCACAACUUCCGCGGUGAGGAGCCCUACAGAUGGGGUUUUGCUUAUUGCCACAGCAAGCUGGCCAAUUUGCUUUUCACUCGCGAGCUGGCCAAGAGGAUCCAAGGCACGGGGGUCACCACCUAUGCUGUGCACCCAGGCAUCGUCCGCUCUGAGCUGGCCCGGCACUCCUUCCUAUGUUGCCUAUGUUGGCGGCUCUUCUCCUACUUUUUAAAAUCGGUGCAGGAAGGGGCACAGACCAGCCUGCACUGUGCGCUGGCUGAAGGCCUGGAGCCCCUAAGCGGCAAGUACUUCAGUGACUGCAAGAGGACCUGGGUGUCUCCAAGGGCCCGAGAUAACAAAACAGCUCAGCGCUUGUGGAAUGUCAGCUGUGAGCUUCUAGGAAUCCAAUGGGAGUAGAGCUACCGGAAGAGCCACGGCUUUAUCAGGCACAAUCCACACCAUAAUGAACGGAAGCCAAGGAGAACCCACCCUGAAGGAUUGUUCUCCUGGCUGGCUGCUGUUGCAAAUCCUGCCGUGCUCUGGUCUUCCUGACCCUUCUGGAAACCUUUUCACAUCCAACCCUCUUGUGAGGCUGGCUCAUGGCAUGAGACAUUCACACUUACAAAGCAUUCUUCUCCAAGACUGGAAAAGUUGGCCACCAUCUAGGGGCAGGAUGACUGGGAAGAUGCCAGUCUGGGCAUGGGGCUGGCAGAAGAGCCUGGGAAAUUGGAUUAAUUCCCUCACCAAUACCAGAAAUGUCAGCCAGCAUUCUCAGCUGAGGUGACAAGAGCAUCAGUGUUACAGAUUUUAAGGAACUAUAGACUCAAGCUCUUGACGGAUCUCUUUCCUCUUUGGAUUGCUAGUCGUUGCGCUGAAGUCUGGACCAACUCAGGCAAAUCUUGGCUUAACCUUGACCAAAUUUGGUUCCUUCCUCUGAGCAUUCUGGAGUCACUGCAUGAAGCUGGACCUUCCCAUUUUCUUUUUCUAAUUCUUUUUAAAAAUUAAAAAUAUUUUUUCUAGCUUUAAUGAGAUAUAAUUGACAUAUGACUGUAAAUUUAGACCGUCUCAUUUUCAAUCAUGUAGAUGGUUUCUUUUUCUAAAGGGUUCCCUUUAUCUCACUUUUCAGAGAAAAUAAAAACUACACAUUCA